CUCUUUUCGUCUGAAAUAUUUUGAGAAAUCCUUUUCCACCAUUCAAGCAGCGCCUCUCUCACACUUUCCAUAACAUGGUGUAUCUGUCCACCAAGAAAAAAUCUUAUCAAUCUCAUUAAGCUAUCUUAUUGACAAGAAUCACUUAAAAAAGCUUAAGAAAAGAGUAAAUCAUCAUUAAGACAUGUCAAAACACGGUUAAUUGUGGAAUGUCUUCUUAAGUAAAGCUUUUAAGGGAUCGAGAGAGUGUAGCUUACCUUGGCAGCAGUGGAAUCUGUUUGGUCCUUAAUCAAACUGCUUAAUUGUGAUGCCAAUGCAGUCAAGAAGGCCUUCACACUUUGCAAUACUCCUUCCAUCUUCGUUGAUUUGAUUUUGGUUUCUAGGUUCUUGAAUCCUCUCGGGUGUGUUAAUUUGGAUGGUUUAUUUGAUGUUAUAAUGCUCGGGUGUGUUAGGUUCUCUAGGUUCUUGAAUCCUCUCGGGUGUGUUAGGUUCUUGAAUCCUCUCCCUAUAAGAUAUAAAUACAAUUCACUUCGUUCAUAAUAUAAAUUUAGUCAUUUUCAGUAUGGUAAUCAUUUAUUGCACUACUUGUUUUCCAGUUUCCACAUAAAUGAAGUAUAUUUUAUAAUAGGUUGAACUUUUUUGUAAAAUCUUUAACCAUUUAUAUUAACUAAUUUCGGUUUCUGAAACAUUUAUUAACAGAUUAAUAAAUAUUGUUGAGGCAAAAUCACCCAACUAUAUUGGGUACUUCGUUCCAAGGUUUUAAAAUAUCGGCCCAUGAAGAAGAUAAAUCCAAAUGAACUUAUACUUUCAAGUUUGUUGUGUUCAAAAUAAAAACAAAAUGAAAGUUUCUUUAAAAAAAUAAAUUAAACACCGAAAAACUCUUGUCUGAGAGAAAGCGAUGAAAGAAUCUUUGCUGAUUUCUUGUGAAAACAAAUAGAGAUCGAUGUUUCUGCAAUUAUUCCCCCACAAAGUAUUUAGAUUAGAGAGAUCGAUGUAUUCGUCUAGACUAUAUGUAGAUCAGAAUCGAGGGUUGUUGGUUUUUCGUAAGUUGUUUCGCGGCGGCGCGUGGAGUGUCCUCUGUCCUCUUAUUACUGAGGCAUCUUUUUUUUUUCUUACCUUUGCUAACAACCUAUGAUAUAAUAGUUCAUUAAAUUUUGAACUGUUAUUUGUUAGUUUAUUUUCGUGUAAGCGUAUUAUAAAUAAUUUAUUAAAUUUUAAUCAGUUAGACAAUAUUUUUGUUGGUUUAUAUACUAUGCAUGAAUAAUAUAUUAAAAUAUGAUGAUGAUAUUACAUCACUUGGUGUGCUAAAAGUUUUGUUUUGGUGAGGAUGAUGACAUUAUAUAACUUUAUUAGUUUUUUGAUAUUUAUUCUUAUAGAAUAAGAAGCUCGAACGAAAUGUAGAAACCAAAAUAACAAUAGUUGGGUUUUGUUUGACCAAAAAAUAAAAUAAAAAUGAUAGUUUGGUUUAAAGAGUUUUUCGGGGGCAAUUAAAAGCAAGAUAAAACGAAUCCUAACGGCCUCUCCCUCUCCCUCUUUAAAUUCCCAGUGUUUUGUUUCCAUUAUUCGAAAGUGGAGAAGAAGAGGGAAAGAAAGCAGAGCGAGUGCGAUCAUGGACGCGUUUGUGGAGGAAAACAAGAUCGUCUUCGUGAAAUGGUGCCGGAUUUGCGGAUGCGUGUGCCUGCACUGCCGACUGAGACUCCCCGCCGAGUUCCGUCCGUGCGUGUGUAGCUCCACGAAAGUUCAUCAGAACUGGAUCGUUCUCGGGCUCGAUCGUCACGACUUCAAUAAUUGCAAGGUUUGUGCUGCUUUGGGAUUGAAUCAACAACCGCAGAUCUUUUCUCGUCAUCAACUCAGGCGUGCGACACCCGAGUGGCUUCCAAGCAAGUUGUGGGGACUGUUACUGGGAGCAACAUCACGCAUCUUUUCUUGGGUCUUGGUGAGAGCGCUACGUAUCUCUGUUUGGCUGUUGGUGCUUCUCCUCAACGCGUUUUGCUUCUCAUUGCACUCAUGGGGCCUGGAAACUGCGAUUGAUAGCCAAGGAGGUCUUCAAGUGUCAGGGAUCAUUGGUUCGCUGUUGUCUGCGCUCUCUUACAAUGGCUUGGUUGCUCAGUUUCUGACCAUAAUCACUCUUCUACGACUAAUUGUGGAAGACAUUUGGGGCUUUCACCUUGAGAUCGGGAAUCACCUUCCGUAUGCACAGUUGUUGUGGACACCUCUCCGGAUCCUGUCUGACUGGUGGCACGAUCUCCUCCUAAGCCGCGGAUUCUUCCACACGAUCUUGGAUCUGAGCUUAAUGAUUUUGGAGCAGGAAGAAGACUUCUCUUCUUUCUAGAUGACAAUAGCUUUGCAGUUCUUGCAAUCAGUGUGUAUGUGUCGUGCCUCUUCAGUUUUCUUCCGUAUCUCAUCGGGAUAUCCGUUCUUAACUUCCCACUGAUUGACAACAUCGGCUUUGUGUCCAACAGCUCACCCAUCUUCACUGGAUACUCUGUUAUGGUGGCAAUAUCGGUUGAGUACUUGGUUAUGAAACUAGCCUCGAUUGAUAUGUUACGGCAGUUACUUCUCUACAUAUCACUAGCACCCUUCAUCCUAUUAUAUGGACUUUUAGCACCACUAUUCCGUAACCCCCUAAAUGUGGUCAACGAGGCAAUCCAAUUCCUAAGUCGGAUCAACUACAAGCUUCUGAUCUGCCCGUUGCUCCUUGGUUUCCACAUGGACUUUUGCACUAUCCCUGUGACUGGAACCAGCUAUUCUCGAAAGAUUGAGUUUGUCUCGGGCUAUCCACUUUGCAUCCUCAUACACUGGUUUUGCGGAUACACUUGGUUGGUACUAUCUUCGGCCUUCAUGCGUCUUAUCUACAAGAUCAUUGGUGGGCAACGAGCCUCUUGGUUUUUGGAAGAUGUCACGGACAUCAAUAAACUGCAUUAUGCCCAAUUCCUCGCUGCGUUUGCUUUCCAGGAGGCUUUGAUUUUUAGUGUGGUUCACUUACCAACAGCCACUAUCUCUCUCGUCAGCAGCUCGUUUUUCCCCCUCCACUUCUGGGUCUAUGACACAAGGAUUCUGUUUGGCUCAGUGGCUGCAUAUGGAUUCCUAGUGAGAGUUGGAGUCCACGAGUGGUUAGCCGAGCUUAUUGGAGCAUCCGUUGAGCCCAUAGUUCGAAUGUGGAUUACAACUGUCAGUUCUUGGCUUCAGUGGAUGCAGACGGAGAGGUUCGUACUGAGGGAAGGGGUGAUGUUGUUUCUUGCUGCACUGAGCAUGUACCUCGUGAGUUUAGCCUCCAUGGUUUUGCCAGUUCUGGUGGGUAGGGUGUUCUUCCAGCUCAUCUCGUUUGCCAAACAAGACGAUCUAUAUGGUUUCUGUAUUGGAUGCGUUCUCUUGCGAAGCAUCUUCAAGUAUAAUCACAUCUGGACGUGGAUAGGAAAUGGCAUCAUGAACUCGUCAGAGACAUUGCUGGUCCUCCUUGUCGACAUUAUUGUCAUCAUCCCAUCACUAGUGCCGCAAGACGAAACCCCUGGUUUCUUCUCGGUCCAAGAUAGGUUGAUUGGACUAGCCAUCCUUCACAUAUGGACCUAUCUCACGGUCUUCACACGGAUCAACCGUUUCCAGAAUGUCGCAUGGCGAGAGAGGCUUCAGAGGAUCAGAGGAGGCAUUAUCUAUCGGUUUUCCUCCAAGUACUCAUCACUUCUUCUGGGCUUGGUACUUGAGACGGGUCUAACCACCAUCUGUUUUCCUUUAUUGGUUGCCGGGCCAAUCUCUUCAAGUGCCAAUCUCCUCUGUCCGGUUGUCAUCUUGGGUUUGGGUUUUGUAGCGAAAGUAGCCGUGGAGUCGGUAUACUUGGACUUCUUCUGAUUUUAAACUUUGUUUUGUUAUAUAGACCCUGAUGGUAAAUAACGAUUGUGAUUGGUCACACGAUCAAUCAACAUGAAAGGAAUAGAAUAUAGGGGGUAGGGGGGGGUUAUUGGAACAUGAAUUUCUAUGGAGUUUGAUGAUUUUAAUAGUUGAGAAGAUUUUACAAGCUAACUAGAUUUAACAAAUUUUGUCAAAUACUUUUACAUAGAUUUUCAUUACCUGUGUAUAGAAUUCUAUUGAUUGUUAUUAAUUUUUAAAGUAAGAAAUUAAUGGUGGUAGAAAAAAAAAGAAAGAAAAUCAUUUCAAUUAAGACAAUUCUUAAACAACUUUAAAAAAGUUUUUGUCACAAAAAAGAUCUCAA